AUGUCGGACCCACUCCUCUUCGAAGACACCUUCACGAUCACCGGGAUCAACUCGCAGAAAUACGACCGCGUUGCCCGACUGACCUGCACCUCGUCCGACACGGCCACCAGCUUCACGCUCGAUGUCAACUCCGAACUGUACCCCUGUGUGGUCGGCGAGUCCGUAUCGAUGGCUCUGGCGUCGACGCUCUCCCUCGACGGUAAGGAAGACAGCGGCACAAAGACGGGCUGGAGGGAUGUCGGAAUGGGCGAGCAGACCCUGGCCAACGACUACGACUAUGUCUGCCACGGUAAGGUCUAUCGGUUUGAGGAGGGUUCGACGGCCGGAAAUAUGGCCGUGUUCAUUUCCUUCGGUGGAUUGUUGCUUUACCUUGAAGGACCCUACAAGAAGCUGGCGCCUUUGAGAAUCGACUACGUGUAUCUGCUCAUGAAGAAAUAG